AUUUGGAGUGGCGGAACUCGCGUGCCCCAAUCGACCGGAAGGAUACGAAGCGGCGACAACGACGGCGGAUUCGGCACGAUAAGAGCGAUCUGGAACCAACAAGGCCUGUAGCAUCUCCGAGAAACAAUAGCUUAGUCUUCUCCCUGUCGUGAUCUUCUCCGGUUGUCGAUUAGAUCCUGCUCGUCGAGGACGGAGGCGAUCCCACUCUGAGUUCGCCACGCGCCUGUCCAUUGUAAACCUCGAUCGGAGGCUCCGAUUUCCUUUUCUCAAAGGCUCUGAAGUCUUGGAGGCCUAUUUUUCUUUUCCCUGCGGCAAAAUCAAUCCCGAUUUCUUCCAGCAUGACAGAGUAUUGGGUCAGCCAAGGAAACAAAUGGUGCGACUUUUGCAAGAUAUACAUCUCCAACAAUCCUUUGAGCAUAAGAACCCACGAGCUUGGUCAGCGUCACAAGGACAAUGUCUCAAAGAAGCUUGCUACUAUGAGAAAGGAGAGUGCUGUAAAGGAGAAGCAACAAAAAGAAGCUGCGCGAGCUCUCAAGGCAAUUGAAGCAAAAGCUAAACAAAGUUAUCAGAAGGAUUUGGCUUCUUUUGAAAGAAGUAAUGACCCUUCCGCUGAAUUGGAACCUAACAAGAAAAGUGCAGAUGAAGCUCAAAGUUCAUCUGCAACAAAAAGUGGAGAUGGAGUUGCAUCCAGUUCCAAAGGUGGUGCUGCCCCUGGGCGGGUUGUUUCAACACCUCUGAACCCCACAAGAGCAGUUAAAGGUGCACCAUCAUCAAUCGCUGUUAACAAAAGGAAGAGGGAUGAUGGAAAAGCAAAGGUGAUAUCCAAGGAGGAAGCAGAGGCUCUGAAAGCAAGGGAAGCUGCCAGGAAAAGAAUGGAAGAGAGGGAGAAGCCAUUCAUGGGCCUUUACAAGUCAUAUUAAUUUGCCUGGGUGAAAUCAAAUGUGUCAGUCAGUAUUCAGCAUUUGGUACUGAACCGGAUUCAAUCUUAGGCUUGGCAUGAAAGUAAUACCUGCGAAUCCAAUAGAUUUUUCACCAAACGGAUGACCGUGUAGAUUAAUUCUGUUUCAGCAUACUGCUUCGUCCAUUAGUUCAGGUGUGAUGUAUUAAUUAGAUCAUUAUGUAACUCAAAGAACAUUUGUUUUUUUUAUAGGUCGCGUAUCAUUGUCACCUUUUCCUCAUGUCUUAAACUGUUUAAGGUUAAUAGUCAUUUAUGAUUUAUUA